GUGCUUGUGCAUGGUGCUUUAUCUACAGCAGCGGUGGACCGGGUGAACGCUAGGCGGCAAGUUUUUGUGCGUGUUUUCGGGUAUUAUUAAUAAACCGUCACCACGUCUUUCCAAUUCGCACCUUUUGGGUUAUCCGGAGGCGUCAUAUUGAUUUCCGUUCGGCUUCGUUUAUGAAUCUACAGAUAUUAUUUCAGACAGAUGUUGGCUUGUGUCAGAUACAAACAAUAUGGUACGAGGUCGUGGUGGGAUGAUCAGAGGUGGUCGUGGUGGUAUGGGACGUGGAAUGGGCUUUCCACGAAAGCAGUUUCUACCACGGCAUCCAUUUGAUUAUACGCUAUGCGAGGCGGCUUUCCCACGUGUUAAACCUGCUCCAGAUGAGUCAGACUUCCAGUCAGCUCUUGUGAAGAAAAACGCUGAUAUGUGUCCCACACCAAAGGAGCAGAGUUCUAUCUUAAAUCUCGUAACUAAGUUGCAGAGUGUUCUCGACAAUUUGAUUGUUGCACCAGGAAGCUUCGAAGCUUGUCAACUGGAAGAAGUAAGACAAGUUGGUAGUUUUAAAAAAGGUACGAUGAUAAAGGGCCAUAACGUUGCCGACAUCGUUGUUAUCCUCAAAACUUUGCCGACGAAAACGGCAGUGGAAGCUCUCGGGAACAAAGUCCAUAAUGACUUGAGGACCAUGAACCUAAAGGAAAACUUCAGAGUUAUGCAGACCGAGCACGGAUUUGAUAUCGCUAACAACGAAGCCACUGUGCGCGUAUUAAUAACCACGUUACAUCAAAAUCUACGCAAAUUGGAAGCGGAGCAACAUUUGGACGUUAAAAUUUGUCAAGGACAUCUCGCUGCUAUCAGACACUCUCGUUGGUUUGAAGAAAACGCUCAUCAUUCUAGUAUUAAGGUUCUAAUUCGAUUACUUCGUGAUCUUAGAAGCAGAUUUGAAGGUCUGGAGCCAUUAUCCCCAUGGAUGCUGGAUCUGUUGGCGCAUAACGCCAUAAUGAACAAUCCCAGCAGACAAGCGUUACCGAUAAACCAGGCUUACAAGAGAGUGUUGCAGUUGCUCGCUUCUGGGCUGUUUCUCCCAGGAUCAGCAGGCAUUUCCGACCCGUGCGAGGGUGGCAAUAUACGCGUGCAUACGGCAUUGACGCUCGAGCAACAGGAUCUCGUAUGUCUCACUGCCCAGACAUUGCUGCGCGUACUGGCUCAUGGUGGCUAUAGACCACUGUUGGAAGGCUCCAACAAGCUCGCGGUGGAGAUGAGCGUGUGGGCGGGAGGUGUAGUGGCAAGUCCGUUAGACAAGGCAUACGAACCGCCAACGGAACAGGAGCAGCAAGAAGACAUGGAUGAGAGCAAUGAGGAGAUGAUCACCGAGAGUGUUUAGAAUCUUAGAUACAGUGGGAACGUUUUCUGAGUUCCUCUUUUUGUAAUGCUCUUUGUCGGCGUUUCUUGUAAAACGUAUUAUAUUUAUAACGUGACGUUUCCACACAUAUAUUUCGAUGAUAAAGGAAUUCGGUUAAUGAUCUGUAAAAUUAUACUUUUAUAUGGUGUUAAUAUUCGCACCACAAUCAAUCCGGCAAUGAAAAUAUGUGAAUGUGAGAUUUAAAAUAAAAUUUAGACUAAUGUGCA